AUCCUUCCCAGCAGGUAGCAAUAGCCAAGAGCUAAGCGAAGCACAAGCUUCAUCUCCCUCCUCACAAGUCACAACUAACUAGACCAAGCUCACAACAAUCACGAUCUCUAGCAAUGGCGACCACCACCAAGAACGCCCUGGUGCUCCUCCUCCUGGCGCUCCUCCCCCUCGCCGCCCUCUCCUCCCGCGCCGGCCCAUCCGCGCACAAAAGCCACGGCCACGGCCACGGCCACGGGCCCAAGCACGCGCACCCAUCGCCUCCUUCACCACUUCCUCCGGCCCCGGCCGCCGCGCCACCCGCGCUGGUACGCGCCACCUGCAACUCCACGGCCUACCCGGACCUGUGCGUGUCCGCGCUGGGCGCCGACCCGUCCAGCGCCACGGCCGACGUGCGCGGCCUCUCCGCCAUCGCCGUCUCGGCCGCGGCCGCCAACGCCUCGGGCGGCGCCGCCGCGGCCGCCGCGCUGGCCAACGCCACCGCCCCGGAGGGCAUCGGCACGGCCGCCGUGCAGGCGCUGCUCCGCACCUGCGCCGCCAAGUACGGCCAGGCCCGCGACGCGCUGGGCGCCGCCAGGGACUCCAUCGCCGCGCAGGACUACGACUUCGCCUCCGUGCACGUCAGCGCCGCCGCCGAGUACCCGCAGGUGUGCAGGGCGCUGUUCCGGCGGCAGAGGCCCGGGCAGUACCCGGCGGAGCUGGCGGCCAGGGAGGAGGCGCUCAGGCAGCUCUGCUCCGUCGCGCUCGACAUCAUCGCGCUCCUCGCCAACAGCAGCUAGCUCAUGGCUGAUCCGCUGCACGCUCCAAUCAUCGUUCAUUAACUUAUUGGCUAGUGAGCCUACGUGUAAUGACACGUAUGUCGUCUCUGUGAUUUUGGUAGCAUAGCACUAGUGUACUGCACUUGUUAAUCUUUGUACUGUCACAUUCUGUCAGUGUCAGUUAACUACUUGAGAAGAAAUGUUCUUAUAUAUACAUAUGUUGAGGGUUAAAAUUCAGUACAGAUAUGCUUUUU